AUGGCCGACAACCAGCAACAAAACGGCUCGCAACAGUUUGAAAACGCCGCGGACGCGCAGCAGCAACAACAGCACCUGAACGGCACCGCCGAAAAUUCCACAACCAACAAUGAUUCCGGACAAUUUGAAUGCGUCCGGGACGACGACAGAAAAAUAUUUGUCGGAGGGCUCAAGGGAGAAACUACUGAAAAAGAUUUAAGUGAACACUUUGGUCAGUUUGGUGAAAUCGAAAAUAUUAAUGUCAAAGUAGAUGCUGCCACUGGUCGGGCGAGAGGGUUCGCUUUCAUUGUAUACAAAACAAUGGAAGGCCUAGACAAUGCUUUGGCGUGUACUAAUCAUGUAAUCAAUGACAAGAAAAUUGACCCCAAAAAAGCUAAAGCACGACAUGUUAAAUUAUUUGUUGGAGGAUUGUCUCCUGAUUUAACUGAUGAUGAUAUUAAAGAUUAUUUCAAACGUUAUGCACCGCUGGUGAACGCUGAAAUGCCAUAUGAUAAAGUUAAAAACCAACGAAAAGGUUUUUGCUUUGUUACAUUUGAUUGCAUGCAGGCAGUAACGGAAAUAUUAAAAACGCCAAAACAUGUGAUUAAUGGAAAACAAGUCGAUGUAAAAAAAGCAGCAUUAAAAGUAGAGCCUUAUGGAAUGAUGCCUGGUGCUUCAGGACCUAUGAGGGGUAUGCGAGGGAAUGUUAGGGGUCGAGGAGGUAGAGGAGGUUUUCUACCUCAGUCUGGAUACGCCCCCGGUGCUCCUGGUUACGGCUAUGGAGGAUAUGAUUAUUAUAAUCAAUACACAGGAUACAGUCCUGAUUACAGUUAUAGUUAUGGUUAUCCAAGUUACGGUGCUGGUGCUGGAGCAGAUUACCAGUAUGGAGGCUAUGAACCACCUGCACCACGUGGUGUCCAUGGAAAUCGUGGAGGAAAAGAUUUUCCUCAAAGGAAACCUGUCAAGACGUCAGCUUAA